GCCAAAUCGUAAAUCGACAGGCUCAUCGGGCCCUUCUCGACGCUGCAGCAGCAGUCGCAGUCGCGCCGCAGUGAAUCGCAAGCAGCCGGGAGCCCGGGAGGGAGGGAGGGACGCGCGCAAGCCCGCCGCGAGUGCCGUGCCUACUGCCGAGCCGGCGUCCUCCUCCGCGGCGCGCCGAGAAUGAGCCUCUCCCACCGCCUCCCGCCGGGCGCGCCGGCGGUGGACCCCUACUACGUGUACGCGCCGCGCCCGGACCCGCAGCGGCACGGCGUCCUCACGCUCUUCGUCGCCGGCCUCCCCGACGACGUGAAGCCCCGCGAGAUCCACAACCUCUUCUCCCACCGCCCCGGCUUCGACCACUGCCUCCUCGAGUAUACCGGCCGCGGCAACCAGGCGGUUGCCUUUGUGACGUUCUUCACUCAUGAGGCGGCCCUGUCGGCAAUGACUUCGUUAAAUGGAACAAUUUUUGAUCCAGAGACUGGUGACCGUUUGCACAUUGAGCUAGCUAAAUCAACUUCACGAAGACCUCGUGGAGGUGGUGAGGUCUACCGAGUUAUUGACAAACGGGCUAACAAAACAGAAGGAAAUGCUGAUCAUGAGAAUGUUGGUGAUGAAGGUGAUGAAGCAGCAUGGGGGGAGGAUGAAGAUGGUGGCAGUGAUGAUAAUGGUGAUGGAGGAUCAGAUGAGCCAUCGGGCACAGAAAAUGAAAAUUCCAGUGAUAAGAAUGAAUUGUCUGCGGAUCAGAGUGAUCAACCAGCACACAAGCAGCAGAAUGGGCAAUCUCCCUCAAACGAUGGACGAGACAAGUCAUCAAGUGAUAUACCACCUUGUUCUACUCUCUUUAUUGCAAAUUUGGGACAUACAUGCACAGAGGACGAACUGAAGGAAGUUUUAUCCAAGGAACCUGGGUUUCAUGUCCUUAAGAUGCGUCGCCGUGGUGGAAUGCCUGUAGCUUUUGCUGAUUUUACGGAUAUAGAAUCAUCUACAGCUGCUAUGAAUAGCCUCCAAGGGACUCUACUCGCUUCUUCUGAUAAUGACGGAUUGCACAUUGAGUACGCGAGGUCAAAGAUGAGGAAAAGCUAAGCUGGUUGGAAGUUGUUGGACUGCAAGGUUUGGCAUGUGAUCUCCGGUUCUCCGCUCGUCCUGAAGGUAUCAGUAGUGGGCAUCCCUGCACAUGUAAACCGCCUGUAGCAUCCGGAUUUUGCUUUAUUUAUCCAAGCAUGAGAACCGAGAGCCGUGCUGACUGUCCCGUGCCAGAACAGCUGGGUUAUUUUACUUGUAUCGUUGAAGAAACUUCCCAGUCUGGAAACUGCUAUGAUCAGAUCUGGCACGAUCCGUACCGCACCAAAACAGAUUUCACUUGACUCGUGGUUGGUUCGUGGGGGAAAAAUUAUUGUGAGCGUGGGAUGA